AUGGCGAUGGCGAGCUUGGCGAGGAGGCGCGCGGCGGAGGCUGUGCUGCUGCGGCGGCCCCACGCGGCGGCGUGGGCGUCCGCGUGCCGGGGGUACGCGGCGUCGGGGGAGGAGAGCGACGUCGUCGUGAUCGGCGGCGGGCCCGGUGGGUACGUGGCGGCCAUCAAGGCGGCGCAGCUCGGUCUUAAGACCACCUGCAUCGAGAAGAGGGGCGCGCUCGGGGGGACCUGCCUCAACGUCGGCUGCAUCCCGUCCAAGGCUCUUCUGCAUUCGUCGCAUAUGUACCAUGAGGCAAAGUCUUCUUUUGCACACCAUGGCGUUAAGUUCUCCAAUCUGGAGGUAGAUCUGCCUGCAAUGAUGGCUCAGAAAGACAAGGCUGUUUCUGGGCUUACAAAGGGCAUCGAAGGCCUGUUCAAGAAGAACAAGGUUGAGUAUGUUAAAGGGUUUGGGAAGCUUGUCUCUCCGUCAGAGGUAUCUGUGGAUUUAGUUGAUGGUGGUAGCACUAUCGUCAAAGGGAAGAACAUAAUUGUCGCCACUGGCUCAGAUGUGAAAUCUCUCCCUGGAGUUACAAUUGAUGAGAAGAAGAUUGUGUCAUCUACUGGGGCUCUUGCACUUACAGAAAUACCAAAGAAGUUGGUGGUCAUUGGAGCUGGAUACAUAGGUCUAGAGAUGGGUUCUGUCUGGAACAGGCUAGGGUCUGAAGUGACUGUGGUUGAAUUUGCCCCUGAUAUUGUCCCAUCAAUGGAUGGAGAGAUAAGGAAGCAGUUUCAGCGUAUGCUGGAGAAGCAAAAGUUUAAGUUCAUGCUCAAGACAAAGGUAGUCGGGGUCGAUACUUCUGGAAGUGGUGUCAAGUUAACUGUGGAGCCUGCAGCUGGUGGAGAGCAGACUGUCAUUGAGGCUGAUGUUGUCCUUGUAUCUGCUGGCAGAGUCCCAUACACUGCUGGUAUUGGGCUGGACGCCAUUGGUGUUGAGACAGACAAGGGCGGAAGGGUCCUUGUUGACAAUCGCUUUAUGACAAAUGUUAAGGGCGUAUACGCGAUUGGAGAUGCGAUACCUGGACCGAUGCUUGCACACAAGGCUGAGGAGGAUGGUGUUGCAUGUGUUGAAUUUAUCGCGGGGAAGGAGGGCCAUGUUGACUAUGACACUGUACCUGGCGUGGUGUACACACACCCAGAGGUGGCCUCCGUUGGCAAGACGGAGGAACAGGUCAAGGCAUCUGGUGUAGCCUACCAGGUUGGGAAGUUCCCCCUGCUGGCAAACAGUCGGGCGAAGGCAAUCGAUGAUGCCGAAGGGAUGGUGAAGGUGAUAUCUGAGAAGGAAACUGAUAGAAUCCUCGGCGUACACAUAAUGUCCCCUGGCGCGGGCGAGAUCAUCCACGAGGCUGUGCUUGCACUUCAGUAUGGAGCAUCCAGCGAGGACAUUGCCCGUACAUGCCACGCGCAUCCGACAGUGAGCGAGGCCCUGAAGGAGGCGUGCAUGAACACCUACGACAAGAGCUCCUCUUUCAGCUGA